AUGGUCGUUUGUCGGUUUUUCCAACAAGGCCGAUGCCGAUUUGGAGACCAAUGUAAAAAUGAGCAUCCUGGCGCCCAACAACAGACAUUCACUGGCGGCAACCGAUUUGGCGCACUCUCGGGAGGCAGCUCUGGUUUCAACAGUCGCGCCUCCUCUGGGCCGGAUCAGCAAUCGAAGCAAUCACAGGAGCCGGCCAACUAUGGAGUAACUACGGACGAUAUCAAAGCUGACUUGGCUGCUGGCAAAGGAAGACCCGAUUGGGUCUUCUCCUGCUAUGGUCCUGGGCGAAAUGCUCCCAAGCAACUGUUUGGAGGUCCACAGCGAGAGCAGAGCUUCGAAGAGCUCCGGCUACGGCAUUAUGAAGCCGCUGCCAGCGGAAAUCCAGGCCCGGCAAUUCAAGAAGCCGAGAACAUGUAUAAUGAGGCCGUAGAUCAGAUGGAGGUUAUAUUGAAAAACCUCGGCGCGGCCGUCAAAUACGUUGUUGAUGGAGGGAAAGAGCAUCCGAACAGAAUCGAUAUCAUUAAAGGCAACACCGGACCUGGGGCUAGCCAACCCACGGCUUUUGGUCAACAGACACCAGCAUUCCAAGCUCCAGGGUUUAGUCAACCAACGUCCAGUACACCGGCUUUUGGCCAAUCUUCAUUUGGCCAGCCGUCUCUGGGGCAGCCUUCUGGUUUCGGUCAACCAUCAUCCCUAGGACAACCCUCUGGCUUCGGUCAACCUUCUUUAGGACAGCCUUCUGGAUUUGGUCAACCAAGUGCUCUGGGUGCUUCGUCUGGCUUUGGUAAGCCGGCGUUUGGACAACCCAGCCAACCCAGCCAACCCAGCCAACCAAGCCAACCCAGUUUCGGCCAAUCCAGUUUCGGUCAGCCGUCGUCAAUGGGAGCCUCACCAUUUGGCCAAGCUACGGGUACUGCAUCACCGUUCUCCCAAGUCUCAGGCCCUACCAGCGGAUUUGGUCAGGCCUCGGCCUCUCCGUUUUCACAAGCGGGCUCUGGAUUCGGGCAGCCGUCAGCUACCCCUGCGACAAGUGGCUUCGGCACGCCUUCACAACUGGGGAAUCCUUUCGGCCAGCCCUCUGCUCCCCUAGGGCAACCUAGCCAGCCAGCUUCCGCUCCAUUUGGGGCUGCGGCACCGCAGCCAACACCUGCACCCUUCGGGCUACCAGCUGGAGGUGCACCACAGAUCUCUCAAUCUACAUCGGUAUCAUCCGGACAGGUAGGCGCUGGGCCGCCACCGUUACUAAAAACAGACAACACCAAUGACCUAAUUCCUAUCCCGCCUCUAAAUGGAGCAACAACACGCGAUCCCGUGUCGAAGAAACUACAAAGUUGGAAGGGGCAACCAGUACAAUACAUCGAUGACGCGCCCUGUUAUUUACACCCUCAGGACCGAAAGACGUAUGUUAGGAUCUUUUUUCCUGACGGGCCCCCGGACGAAGCUAGCCUACGAGACGCACAUGGGGAGCCAGACAAGUAUACCCCAGAGGUUACGGAGCAGUAUGAAUUCUUCAUUAAGAACGGAUGUUUCGAAGACGGGCUCAUCCCCAGUGUGCCGCCAAAGACGGAGUGGGUUAGCUUCGAUUUUUAG